UUGACGCCUCCCCCUUUACUCCAUAAUGACGCCUUUUGACGCCUCAUUUACUAUCUCAGAUGAAACGCAUUUUUCUCGAGUAAUCCGUGUCAGAUUUGACCAAAGUUGUAUCCAAAAUAAAAAGUAUAAAUUCGUUAAUAAAUGGUGUUAUUUGUGUUGAUGAAAUAAUUGUUCAUCAACGUGAAUUAUAAAUUUAAACUUGUUGUUUUCUUUUUUUUUAACGCCGUCGCCAUUUUGUCUAACUUUUUGUUGACAACUUUUGAAAGCAGCCGAAAUCGAAUUAAACACGAUUUCUGUCAUGCGUCAUUUAAAAAACUGUCAAUUAAAUGCACUAUCUUCAUUUUGUACGAUAUAGUUUGAAGUGAAUUGAGCGCUGGUAAGAUUUUUUGAAUUUCUAAAAUGAUGAAGAUCAAGUCGAUGUUUGUCCAAGUUUAAAACAACAAGAAAAUUGCAAUCAAAUGAUCUAUAAAUCGUAAUUGGCCUUAAAAUAACAUUUGGAAUAUCAGGAAUUCAUUUAGGAAAUGAAAGCUAUGCAGUCGAUGUCAUACCGUUCUGUUUUACGACACAUUUUGGACAAGAAGUUGAUACCGUGUAAAAUGUAAACAUGUGAAUUCUUUGGGGAAUCCCUUUUCAGACUUCCGGCGAUUACGCAUCAACGAGUCAUACAGUGGGCGGGAACAUAUAACUAUUAUCAACCAGAAAUAAUUAACCUUUCAUUGCAUUUUUAUGAUAUAUCUGAUGAAAAUUGAAUCUGUAAGCCUGGAAUUUUUUUUUUGAGAAAUUGAACGUAAAUAAGCAGUUUUUCAACUUUUUCUUCUCGGACUUCAAAACCCCGCCCACAACUCGGAAUCAACAAAAAUAGUACCCCACUUGCACCGCUGUUUUUUCAUUAAAAAGACGAAAUCCUUUCAUUAUCGAACUUUAUUUUAAUAAAAACAUCCAUACAGUAUUCCGUGAACUUCUAUGUUCAUGAUAUAUCAUUUUGCCAAAAAAAAUACACAGCUUUUACUUUUGUGUACUUGGAGAUUCAUUUUGGGUAAUAAAAACAUGGCCGACUGAAGGAAUGGAUAUUUUCCUUUCUUCCCAAUCCUCUCAAUUUUCGGGAUUCGUAUUAUCAGAUUUGGAGGACGAAAGUGAUAGUCCGGGUUCUGUUAGCCCACCUAGUUCAGUGAGAACAUCAGAAUUAUCGUUUGAAGAAGAAUCUGAUGGAGCUUCAGAUCUUUCUGACAGAAACCCGGAUUCUGACAUUGAGGAAGAUAAUGAUGAAUUGCCAGACAGUGAUGGGGAGUAUGAUUCUCAGUUAAGUGAAAUACCCAGCAGCCAACUAACAAGUACAUCGGAUGAGGACUUUUGGUCAGAACAGCUGGAGGAUAUUGAUAUUCCUGAUUUUAGUGAAAUGACAGGUCCUGUGCACAUGUUGCCAUUGAAUGCACAAGCUGUUGAUUUUUUCCAGUUGUUUUUUGAAGAGAGAUUCUUUCAACACCUUACAGAGCAAACUAACCUGUAUGCCCAACAAACUUCUGAAAAUGACCAGCAUUGGGAAGAGGUUACAACUGCUGAAAUUAAAGCAUUCAUUGGAAUCAACAUUUUGAUGGGAGUGAUGCAGCUGUCAUCAUACAGACUGUACUGGAGUUCAGAUCCCUUCUUAGGAAAUGCUGGCAUAAGAAGUGUUAUGACCGAAAACAGAUUCUCAAAACUAUAUCAAUAUAUACAUGUCAACAACAAUCAAACAGCAGUUCCAAGGGACAGUGAAGGUUUCGACAAACUACAUAAAGUAAGACCAAUGAUCAACAUGGUAGAUCAUACUUUCAAAGACCAUUACAAACCAAAACAGAAUCAAACAGUGGAUGAAGCAAUGGUUAAAUACAAGGGAAGAUUCUCAAUUAAACAGUACAUGCCAGGAAAACCAAUCAAAAGAGGCAUGAAAGUCUGGAUGAGGUCUGACUCUUCAUCUGGAUAUUGUCAUCAAUUCAACGUAUACAUGGGCAAGGACGAUCCAAAUAAAGGACCAAAACUAGGGGAAAAAGUGGUGAAACUGCUAUGCAAGGAUCUUAAAUGGAAAGGACACCAUAUAUAUAUGGAUAGAUACUUUACAUCAGUACCAUUGUUGAGAUGUUUGGAAAGAAAUGGCAUUUAUGGAUGUGGUACAAUAAAAUGCACAUCAAUUGGUCUUCCAGAUGACAUAACAGAUCCCCCAAGGAUGGCGCGAGGGGAGAGCAUUGCAUGCCAGAAUGGAAAUUUGGUAGCAACUGUGUGGCAAGAUAAGAAAAAAGUACAUUUCCUGUCUACAAAUUCUAACCCGACAGGUGAAGGGUCCACUUUCAGAAGAGAAAAGAAUGGUAAUAGAGUCGAAAUCGAUAGGCCACCUCCAGUUGAAGGUUACCAUAAUUAUAUGGGAGGUGUGGACAGGAACAACCAGUUGCGUGCCAAAACACCAGUCGGUAGACCAGCUAAAAAGUGGUGGAAAUACCUGUUUUUUUAUAUGAUUAAUUUAUGCAUUACAAAUGGAUAUAUAGUUCUGAGUGAAUCAGUUGGGUAUCCGCCAAGAAAGAAGAGAUAUUCUUUGUUGGAUUUUAGAAUUGAAGUUGCAAAGCAGCUUAUAGGAAAUUUUACCAAAAGAACAAAGAAAACUGUUAACAAGCAAUUGAAUAAAGAUCAUGUCAGUGUUCGCUUAAAUAGAAAUAAAAGAAGGUGUAAAUGGUGCACCAAGCAGGGUGAAAAAAAGCGAAAAGAAACUGUCUAUGGCUGCAUUAAUUGCAACAUUCACUUAUGUAAAGAAGCAUGCUUUGGACAGUAUCAUGAGGAACAUGGAUUACCAUUUAAUUAAAAUACUAGAUAACAAAACAAAUUUAUAUUGAUUUUUUUGUGCUAUGUCAUGGCCAUCAUAGUGAAUGAAAAGAUUUUUUUUGAUGCUGUUUUCUAUGGACUGCUGUUCAAUUUUCAUAUUUUAAACAAAUUUCUCUUAGUUGCUUUGGAUGAUAUUUGUUGCUACGGAAACAUAUCCUGA